AUGGAUCGAUGGCAGCGCAAUCUCCGCAUAAUCCACCAGAUUAGCGAAUUUGUCGACCUCGACGCCCACGGAUCCGACCGCGUCGCCGAUCUGAUCGGUCUGAUAGACGCCAUGCGCGAAGGCCUCAUGCAAAUCGACGAGCAGCUCUGCAUCGCAGACGCUCCGAUCAACAUGCUCUUUCUCACAAAGCUGAAGGCCCGUCCGCAGUGGGCCGCCUGGGCUACUGCCAUGCUGCAGGACGGCGCUGCCGAUCGCUUGACCUUCCGCGAACUGGCGGAUCGGGCGCUGCAGCGGGAGACGGACCCGGCGGGAGCGUCCGGGACGGGGACAGAGGGUGGUCACCGCGCGGACGGUGAGGCAUCAGGUGUGGAUCCGCGGCGAACGCUCACGCAGGAAGAUAUCAAUGCCUUUGUUGUGAGACAGAUGCGUCGGAGCCAGUCGGGGCGCGGCCACGCCAAGCGGCCGAGCCAGGAGGAAAUCAAUGACUAUGUGGUGCAGCAGAUGCGGCGCGAUCAGGAGAUGACGACGAGGACGCGGAGUUAUAGUCAGCCGGAGCCGAGAUCGCAGCAGGCGCCUGCGCGAGCGCGUCAGGACCGCCGUCCGAGACCGCGGUGUACGUUCUGCGGGGAGGCGUCCCAUCAAGUAGGCCACUGCUGGCGGCGAUGGAGGGUUGCGGUGGAAGCACCGCAGGGACAGUUUGUACCGAAACGGGUGGAGUUCCGGUCAGAGAUCCCUGGGCAGCCGCCUAUAUAUCGGUCUGGGUUUAUGCUGUAUUAG